AUCAGUCGCCACUCGCUCCGCUCCAAGCAUCUGCAGCACGCCUCUCCAUUGUCUCGAUCGAACCAACUCCCACAACCUCGGCCUGAGGUUGAGAGGCUCUCACUGGACUCGGCUUUCAGAAAAGCUCUCACCACAGCCGUACAUUUCAGCCCGCAACUCUCACCUCCUGUCAGGACAGGACAGUGUCCUCGACAAGCCUUUCCACUCCACACCGUAUCAAACAACUUGUUGAGAAAGCAUGGCUGCGAGGCUCGUGCUGCUUCUGCUCGCCGUCUUGGCGUGCGCCACUCGCGCGGCGACCGGCGCCAAGGUGUCGCAGAUGUACGUGUUCGGCGACGAGUCGGCCGACGUGGGCAACGCCAACUAUUUCAAGCAGGCGUCGCUGAAGGCCAACAAGGCGCCGUACGGCGUCAGCUACAAGCCCGCGUCGGGCCGCUUCUCCGACGGGAAGCUCGUCGUCGACUACCUCGCCGAAUUCCUCGCGAUUCCGCCGCCGCGCGCCGAUCUCGCGCCGCGCAAUGCGUCGCUUCCCUUCUCGGGCCUCAAUUACGCCAUUGCCGGCGCUGGCGCCAAAGCCGGCACCAACGGCGGAAAGACGCGCGGGCUGCAGCUGCAGUUCAACGAGUUCAGGAAGUGGCUCCACGAGGCGCAGAGGACCAACAACCCCGACCUCAAGCUCAGCGAGGCUCUGUUCGUGAUCAGCAUCGGCGCCAACGACUACAUCCCUGAGCUCAGCCGCGCCCAGCCCAACAUGACCACUCUCGUCGCCAUCGCCUCCUCCGUCUCCAACCUCGUUAUAAGCAUCACUCAGUCCCUCUAUAACCUCACCGGCUCCUCCAACAUCGUUGUGAUCGACCUGCCGAAUCUCGGCUGCCUUCCCUCUGUGCGCCGCGCGCACAAAAGUGGAGCCAAUUGCACGAGUGAUGGUAACCAGGUUACCGUCAUCCACAAUUUUGCCCUGCUGACGAAGACGGACAAGCUGAGGAACAACCCCGCCCUCCCCAUGCCCAACCUGGUGCUCUUCAAACAGUCUGCCGUCUACAAGACCAUGAUCCAAGUCCCCACCUCUGGCCUGACGAACCAGUCCUAUCCGUGCUGCGAGGCCGUCACUAGCACGGGCGUCUUUGUGGCAUGCGGGCAGACAGCAGGCACGGGCAAGGCAGCAGUGACCGCAGGGGCGUGCGCUGCCCCAGCCAAGUACCUCUGGUGGGACACGCACAACCCCACACAGGUGGUCAACCAGAAGCUGGCCAACACCCUCUUCUACAGUACUAACCCCGCCAUGGUCCGACCAAACGGGCUAAAAAAGUUCUAUGGGCUGUAGGCUAGGCCACGUUCAACCCCACACAGGCGGUCAACCAGAUGGUGGCCAACACGCUCUUCUACAGCACCAAUCCGGCUAUGGUCCGGCCCAAUGGGCUCAAAAUGUUCCUCGGGCUGUAGCCUGCGGUUGGGCGAGAGGGGGGAGGAGAGAAGUUGUCCUAGUACAACAGAGUGGGCCGCCGAUGGGGUCGUUUUGUUUUGGUACGGUAGGUUGAUUCUUUUGUAUGCUUUUUUUUGGGCGGGAUGGGUAUAGAUGGAAGGGUCUUGAGCUGUGCUCCUCUCCACCUGGGUGGCUUGGGCCUGUGGCCCUUUUUGUCGCCUAGCGUGAAAUAAAGACCAGCGCGUUGCUUUGGCGAGAGCACAGGCCAUCCUGUACCUGCUUUUCUUAUUCAUGUACCCAGUGGGAUGUCCUCGAGUUUAUUAUC